GGGGGUCUCGGAGUUCGCUUCAUGUGUCGAUUUCGCAGCCGUCGAAACAAGGCUUGCGCGCAUACAUACACGGGCGGGCGUAGCGCUGUACUAUACCAAUGGCAUUGCUGUCUCGCCCUAUUCUAUCCCCUCUCGUUUCCCAUCUCCCCCCGACGGUCCAAGAAGACGCAUCCCUCCCCCCGGCAUCCGGCACGCCAGCAAUCCCCCAUCCACCCACAACACUCCACCGGCACGACAGCGCCUCCGCACCGUCCCGAUCGCACCCCAUCCGGCCCUUCUCGUCGCCCCAUUCCCUCACGAUCCCCCGAUAUCGACGGCGGUGGCGGUGGCGACCGCGACUGACCCACCACUCUCGGUGCCACGCCGGAGCUUUGUAUUCUGUACUCGCCGCGCCCUGGCUCACCUUGACGGGCCCCGAUAAGGCUAUAGUGAGGGAUUGGAUGUCUGCUUCCGCGUUCCGUGCUCGCAUGCACGCUUCCGCACUCUGCGAUGCGCGAUGUCGCCAUAUAGCGCGAUGCGAGAUGCUCUGCGAUACGGCUUCACACAAUGCACUGCACUGCACUGCACUGCACUGCGGUGUCGGGACACGGCGGCUCGCUGGGUCCGGCCGGUGGGUAAACAGCGCGGCGAUCUCAGCACAGCCUGGGGGAGUUGCGCCGUUGGAGCGCCGUUAGGCGGCUGUUGGGGAGUGUGGAAUUCUGACGGCGGGGCGAGGGGAGGUGUGCAGCGUUGUAGCGGUGGGUUGCUGGGGCGCUGGAUUGUGAGGACGUGAUGGGU